AUGCGGCUCGACAUGCGAAACCUCCUCGUUGCCUCCCUCCCUCUUGUAGUUGAGGGUGCGCGCAAGCGUGAUGUAUCUCCGUCCGCAACAUUCCAACUGUACGCGUAUAGCGACGACUUCGGUGGCUUGCCGCUCUUCUAUGCGGACGGCCUUGCGUAUGUUGGCGAUCCAAGCCAAGUCAACAACUCAGAUGCUGCUGUUGUGAUCUUCACAACGAACUCUGAUCACCACUUCGUUGGCAAUCCAAACACCACUCUUAGUAACACUACACCCUCAUGGUCCAACGUCACGCUCUUCGUCCCCGAGGCCGCUUCCGGAGAUAAACGUGUCGGCUUCCUUCCGCCCAACGAUGGUACCGGCAAUACUACUACUCAUACAUCUGGCUUCGCAUUCUAUGGAUCCACGGCUAUGCUUUAUGGCGAUGACGGUGGUAUUGUUACCUCUUUCAGCGGCUCGAAAUUGCAGGGCAGCGACGUAUAUGAGUUGUUUUGGAAUGAUACCGACGGGACAGUACCGUUGACGCUAAGGAGGAUCGCGCCUAGUAAUCCGGGUUCGAAAGCUCGCUAG